AUGGCACAAUUCGUACCAAGAUCCAUCUUUCAAAUUCCUGAAACCAUACCAAAAACAUACUUCUUGGGUCACCAUCAGGCUGGUGCCUCCAAAAUCAAGACAAUUCUCCCAAAUAUCUCAAUCGUACUGGAGUGCCGAGACUUCAGACUGCCACUAUCUACCCAGAAUCCGAGUCUCGAGAGGGCAAUUGCAGGACGGCAACGCAUCGUAGUCUACACCAAAUCCGAUCUGGGUACCGACAGUACUACUGCGCGGCAUUCACUGAAGGAGAUGUACGGAGACAGUGCGGUCUUCUGGGACAAGCAGAAGCCGGCCACUACUACAGCGUUAUUGAAGAAACUGAAAGACUCAGCACGCGUCGUUGACUCUUUGGUUGGCCUGCGAGCCCUGGUUGUUGGGAUGCCGAACGUGGGCAAGAGCACUUUACUAAACUCCCUACGCAAUGCUGGAUUAUCAGGCAAGGUGGCAAAAGCCGCGAAGACUGGCGAUCAGGCCGGUGUGACACGCAAGAUCGGGACCGCAGUUCGUGUUGUCCCGUCGGAAGACAGAGGCGGUGUCGGCGGCGGUGUCUUCUUAAUGGACUCUCCCGGAAUCUUCCAGCCCUAUGUCGAGGACGGGGAAACUAUGAUCAAAGUUGCACUGGCUCACGGCAUUAAAAAAGGACUCAUACAUGAUGAAAUUUUAGCAGACUAUCUUCUGUAUUGCAUGAACAGAUGGGACCCCAAACUAUACCAACGAUAUUGUGAGCCCACAAACGACGUUCACGAGUUCCUCGCCGCUGUCGCAAAGAAGGAUGGGAAAUUGAGACCGGGAGGUACCGCGAAUAUCACUGAAGCAGCCGCGAGAGUGCUUUCACAGUGGCGUCAAGGAAAGCUUGGGCGCUAUGUCCUGGAUGAUCUCUCUGGGCGUGGCAUUUUAACCCACCAAGCCAACAUUGAACAGCCGCCCCAAAGCAUAAGCCAGGCAAAGAAGCAGCAAAAGCUGGAAAGAAGGCAGACACGAGAGACGAACUAG